AUGAGCUUCUUCGUCCUGGGCCGGUCCGCUUUCCGGGCUGCAGCGCCGCUGCAGCGGAGCUUCAUCCGCUGCUACGCCACCGAGUCCACUGAAACCAAAAAGUCCGGCAGCAACGCCCUUCUCUACGGAGCCGGCGCCGCAGUCCUCGCCGGCGCAGGCUACUACUUCUUGAGCGGCAGCAGCACCACCGCGGCCGUCGAGCGCGCGGCGCAAAAGGCUGAAGAAACCCUCAAGCAGGCCGCUGCCUCUGCUGCUUCUUCCGAGCCCAAGAAGGCCUUCACCGGCGGCGAGCAGGGCUGGCUGUCCCUCAAGCUGGAGGACGUUGAGCUCGUCAACCACAACACCAAGCGUCUGCGGCUGCGCCUGCCCGAGGACGACAUGGUCUCGGGUCUGCACGUCGCGUCUGCCGUCCUGACGAAAUAUCACCCCAUUGGGGCCGACAAGCCCGUUAUCCGGCCGUACACUCCCAUCAGCGACGAGACUGAGAAGGGAUACAUCGAUUUGCUGGUCAAGAAGUACCCCAACGGGCCGAUGUCGACCUACCUGCACGACAUGGUGCCCGGCCAGCGGCUGGACGUAAAGGGUCCCAUCCCCAAGUACCCGUGGGAGCCCAACAAGCACAAGCAUAUUGCGCUGGUCGCCGGCGGCACGGGCAUCACGCCCAUGUACCAGCUCUGCCGGGCCAUCUUCAACAACCCCGACGACCAGACCAAGGUCACGCUUGUCUUUGGCAACAUCAGCGAGGAAGACAUCCUGCUGAAGAAUGAGCUGGCCAAGCUGGAGAAUACGUACCCGCGGCGCUUCCGCGCGUUCUAUGUGCUGGACAACCCGCCGGCGCAUUGGACGGGUGGGAAGGGGUAUAUUACGAAGGAGUUGCUGAAGACGGUGCUGCCCGAGCCGAAGGAGGAGAAUAUCAAGGUGUUCGUGUGCGGGCCGCCGGGCAUGAUGGAGUUGAUUAGUGGGAAUAAGAAGAGUCCCAAGGAUCAGGGUGAGUUGAAGGGGAUUUUGAAGGAGCUAGGGUAUAGCCCGGAGCAGGUUUAUAAGUUUUAA